UUAGCCAAAACACAAUUAAGGCAAGGACGAAAAACUAGCCAAUCUUGAAGAAAAUUUAUUCUUAACGGCCUUAAAUUAUUUUGGCAUUUGUUACAACUUUGUUUUUGUUAUCUGGAAAUGGCGAAUACGUUGCAGCCAAUUCCAGCAAAGGUAACACCGAUUAAUGUGCGAGUCUUUGAACUCCCGGAGUUCAUAUUCGUGCAAACCAAGCUGAUCACACCACGCUACGCGCUGGAAAACAGGAUACUCACAACCCGCAUAAAAAAGCCAUGGACUCGGACAAAGAGUGCUAUGGUCGCCCCGGCGGCUAAGGUUGAGCGCCCACCUCUCAAGAUAGUGCCACUGCCCAGCCGCAAUGGCCCGCAGAAGACACCGGAGACUAGUAACCCAGUCCGCGAGCGCGCUAUCCAGACGGAGGAAAAGCAAACAUGUGAUGUGGGAGUGCAAUGCGACACAGACGAGUGGGAAGAAACACAAAUGGAUACCGAGAGAAAAGGAGAGUUGUCAAGUGGCGAGGAGGACGAGGAAUCCAAGUUCAUCACAUUUGUAGGUGAGAACACAUUGAUUAUCCGGAACGGAAUGAUGGAGUGCCUGGUCUGCGGCGAGGUGGCCCGAUCCUUGGAACAUCACAAGAGUCACAUUGUCACGCACUAUGGGCCGAAAGUACUCUGCUGCCUUUGUGGAGAGUUUGUUGAUCACGAGCGUCUGCUGCUCGGACAUAAUCUCACCUGCCGCUCCCGUCCAUCGAAGAAGCCUUCGAUUUUCCUCAAGUGUCCGAAUAUGUUUUGCAAUGUUGUGUGCAGAACGCAGCCACAGCUGUACAAACACCUAAGCUCACACGACAAAGUGCCCUUCUAUCGUUGCCUGGAGUGUCGUCUGCAUUUCAGGACUGCCAUGUCCUUUCUUCUGCAUCGCAAGAAAAAGGAAGGCUGCAACAAGGCAAAGGCCCUGUUUCUGUUCGACAAGCAUUCGGCCUCGCGAUGGAAGGGCAAUCUCAAGCGAUGCACCGUCUGUCUGAGGAAGUUUAACGAUGAGCGCUUGUGCGGCAUUCACAGGUUCAACUGCAUCCAGGCGCAUCACAGAAAAUUGACAAAGAAACUCUUCAAGCCCUCAUCAUUGGCCUAAACGAUAUUUAUUUAUGUAAAUUAAUAACAAUAAAUCGAAGCACUUAUGAUGCCUGCACGCCGUGCGCUUUCUUCAA